AUGGGAUCGGGCGACGAGGAAGAGCGCGACAACGCCGACGACCGCGCAGUCGACCGACAGACCGCGGUCGAACUCAAAGACUCGCUUAUCCGGCUCUCCGAGCUGGUGAUGGGGGUCGCUGAGGAUCUGCGAACCCUCCAGCAUAGCAACAAGGCCUUCGAGCAGCGCAUGGCCGCCAUGGAGGCGCGCCUCUCGGCGCUGCAGCGACAUCAUCAUCAGCACAACCUCCACCACCUCGAUCCCAACCACGACCCCACCAGCUCGUCGCACCCCGACCACCUCACGCACCCACCGCAACCGCACGGAUCGCCGUUGGCUGUGGACCCUGCGCGACAGCUCGACGACCGCCGGCCUGGGAUGGGGAGCGUACUGCCUCUCCCCAACAACGUUGCCUUCUUCGCUUUCGUCUUCGUCUUUGUCCUCUUCGUCAUCUACGCCAACGCCCACAUCGGAGUUGGUGCCGUUUGA